CAGUGCCACCAAGGCUAAUAUUGGUAAGAAACCGGCCCACCACUUGUCCAGCCAGCUAAUUUGCACAGUCUGAUGUAACAGGCGGUAACUGUGAUAGUGUUGUUACAUGUCACCCACAACAACAACACAGGGCUGUCAGGACUCGCCAUUUUUCCAAAAAUAUGAACUGGAUCUCCGAGAUAAUGUACUCGGAGACGGCAGCUUCGGUGUCUGUCGGGAAUGUGCACAAAAGUCCAGCGGGCAACACUUUGCUGUCGAGAUAGUGUCAAGAAGACUAGACUGCCAACAAGAAAUCAAUUUACUCCGGGCUUGCCAAGGACAUUCCAACAUUGUCAACAACCUGUUCCAUGAAGUUUUCCAUGAUGAAGCACACACCUACAUUGUGAUGGAGCUCCUUGGAGGUGGAGAGCUAGCUGCUUCAGAGGAUCAGGAAACACGAGAGGUUCACAGAGGCUCAGGCUUCAGUCAUCAUGAGGAACCUGGUGUGACUCAGCAGUUCACUAUACAUGCACAGAAAAGGCAUCGUUCACAGAGACCUAAAGCCAGACAGAGAAUCUCUUGUUCAAGGAUUCUUCUGAAGAUUCAUUUAUUAAGAUUGUGGAUUUUGGGUUUGCACGGUUGAUGCCUGACAAGGAAAAGGAUGGCAGCAUGAAGACACCGUGCUUCACUCUUCACUAUGCAGCACCAGAAGUGUUGCGGCAAGCAGUGCAGAAGGGAGCAAAUGGCUAUGAUGAAACAUGUGACUGGUGGAGCUUGGGUGUGAUUCUGUACACAAUGUUGUCAGGGAGAGCCCCAUUCCAGUCAAGAAGUAAAGAUGACACCUCAGCACCAAUCAUUGAUUGCUCGGAUAAAGGAUGGAAGUUUUGACGUGUCAGGACCAGAAUAGGUCUGUCUCCUCACAGGCUAACAAACUUAUCAAAGGGUUAUUGACAGUAGAUGCUUGAAGGCGUCUCACCAUCACUGAGUUGCUGCAGGAUGAGUGGCUUCAGGGAGGCCCUCCUUAUUUAUUUUCAGCAACUCCCCUCACGACACCCACUAUACUCGCUUUUCAUGCAUUCCACAUGGCAACUAGGGAAGAAUUUUGCUUACUAGUAAGUUUGAUUGGAGUUCAUGAUAAAAAUUCAAACAUAUUGGAGUCUAAGAGGCUGUAGUGGAAGUUACUGGGGUUUUCAAGGGUGUUUUCAUGAUUCCGGUGAAUUUAAAAGGCUGUAUACAUUUAAUUAGAAAGAAAAAUAGUGUUUAUUACCAUGAUUAGAGAGAGAGAGAGAGAGAGAGAGAGAGAGAGAGAGAGAGAGAAAGUGCAUUAAUCUUUAGUAAACAAACAAGCAAAUCCUGUUAGCUGUAUAUUAAGUAAACAUUCCAUUAGUGUUUAAGAACAAAUUAUAUUACCACAACUGAUCAAAUGUGCAGUAUCAGUAAGGCUGUAUUCCCAAACACGCCCACACCCGCUUGCCUGACUGUCAGUGUUUAAUUAAAAAGUUAUUGGGGUUUUCAAGGGCGUUUUUCAAGAAGUUAUUGGGGUUUUCAAGGGUGUUUUUCAUGGUUCUAUUGUUAAACAGGCUGUAAUGGAAGUUACUGGGGUUUUCAAGGAUGUUUUUCAUGAUUCCAGUGAUAGUUUAACAAUUAUUCUGCCUCACCAGUGGAAAACAACCGCCCCUAAUAGCCUGACCAACCGUGUGUGGCCUUGCAGAACAGAGAGAGAGAGAGAGAGAGAGAGAGAGAGAGAGGUGGGUGUUGUUUGGGAGUGCUAACCAAGAAAUGAUCUUAGUAAUGACAGAUACUUAAUCAAGUAUAUAUAUAUAUUUUUUGUGUGCCUUUCCCCUGUUGUAUUUGUGUUUAUUUGAGACGGGCAGGAGAAAUUGUUUACCCUCGUCUGCAAACUCUCUUCUCAGGAUGUAAUCUCACCUUACCUUAAUAAAAUGUUGAUUAUUA